AUGACUUUAUUUUGCUUUGUAAUUCUGUAUUCUCGACAGAAAUUUAUCCGCAAUAAUACAGCUGACAGAAGGGAAAUUGUGAUGAAUAAUCUCUCCUCUCCAGUUAUUGCAAAUAUGAUUCGAAUUUACCCCAAGCGUUCUAUUGAUGACACUUGUUUACGCCUCGAAAUAUAUGGAUGCCAAGGUAAGUAAGAAAAGCCAACCAUGAAGAAAUGAUUAGAAGAAAGCGACAUCAAACGAACUAAAAAAAAUUAUCUAUGAGAAGGAAAAAGCAUUCCGAUUAAGUUGUUCUUUUCGUGUUAUAGGUUCUUUGUAAUGUAAGUUUUUCUGUAUCAUUUUGAGAUUAAGAAGAAAACUUAAUCGUGUUUUGGUAGAAAACAAUGUAGGAUUGGUAAAAAAAAAGUUUUAAGAAUGUUAGAUAACGGGAAGUCCCUAUUUAUAGGCACAGUCCGUCGCACCAGUAAAUAAAUUGGCGGAAAAAAAAAAAGAAGUUAGCGCACCGUGCAGAAUUCUGGUAGCGAGAUGCACGAAAUGUGUGUACUCCCAGAGCUUCUCACUUAUAUAUUUAUCCCUCACUUAAGAGGAACUACCCGUAGUCCAACAUUUUUUAAACUUAUUUUUCUUUUGCGUGCGACACGUCUAGCAAGUGAUGUCACAAAAAUACAUCGAACAGUGCUCACACCACAACACAAUAGCUAGUCAUUGAAAGGUCGUUAAAGAGUAAUGUGGGUGGUUAGAAAUCUUGCUUGGAUACGAUGAAGUCCGUUUCGUUGCAGCUUGUUUUAACCCAUUUGGCAUCGCGGAUGACGCAAUUCCUGAUAAAUCUAUGACGUCAUCGUCAAACCUUGGAGCUGGUUUUGAGGCAUUUCAUGGCCGACUGAACCGCGCGUCAGGUAAUGGUUCCUGGUGUAAGGGAAAGCUUGAUAUAUCGUCAUAUCUUCAGAUUGAUCUCGGAAACAGGUUUCAGGUCAGCAUGAUAGCCGUGCAAGGAAAUCGUCUUUACGAGUGGGUAACUGUUUUGAAGAAAAAAAUAAACUGCAGGUAAGUGAGUUUAUUCUUUAUUGCUUUUCUGUCAGUUAAACCGCUCUACCUAAUGAUUUUUGAUGGUUCGCACAUUUAACAUACCUACUUCUUUGGUACGGCGGCAUUUAAGGAGCGUUUGGUCCAGUCAUGUUCCGUAAUUUGGCGAGAUGCAGUCAAGCCAAAUUAAACAUGGAUACAUCAAACAAGCCUGAUGUACCGCCAAAGCAUACCAACUUGGACCCGUAUCUGGUGAUGUUCUUAGCGCGGCAGUUACGUUAAAAAAAUCUGUUAGGUAUUCUAGAGGGUGGCCCGCGGGGAGAAUAGAACUAGUCAAUAAAUGGUGCCGUGACACGAAUGCGAAUACGAGUUUCCUUCCGGUACAGCGAGCAACGCGAUCAAUCGUGUAUAUACAAAAAUUAUCUGUCAAACCUCAGCAACAAUGCCGAGGGCAUUUUAAAAACUAGAAAAAUUCAGCAAAUUUUACUGCAAGUCUUAUCUCGAGGGAACCAGCACAUAAAUAGUGUAGUUGUCUUCAACUGCAUGCGUCCAGCCGUUUAAAGCCAGUUGAAGGAACUCUCGAAAACAGAGGUAAAGUUUACAUUUAUGUUGACAUUUUCAACCGUUCCUGUACAAAAAGACCACUCGGAGUUUCAUUACUCUUCAAUGAAUUCUAUGAAAUGGUGGCGUUGAGCACAUUGCGAUGAGUUAGUUAGAUGGGUGUAGUGCUUUCUCUAGUAAUGUGAAGUAUCUUUCUCUACACUAAAGCAGUUCUGAAGAAAUGAAAGGAGAGCAAAAUCUCACCGCCGCCAACGGAACGUCAGCUAGCGUAGCUUUAGCGAAUAACACAAGUGAAAACAGUUCAACUACUAUUGCACCAAACGUCACCACGAUCAACAGCACUUCAUCGAACUUCACAAGUGGAAAUAUGUCAUCUGUUAAAACAGAAAAUGUUACAUCCGUUAACAGUCAAGGAAAUGUUACUCUCAACUCUACUGGACAUAUAUGUUUUAAAAAAAGGAUAAUUCGUUCUAAAGCGUUUGUGAAAUCGUUUACUCUUCAGUACAGUGACAAUGGUGAACUUUGGAAGACUUACCACGAAGGAGGGAAUGUCAAGGUAUGUGUGCUAAUAACAUGUCGAGUCCUGGAACUCACCCAAUCACACUGCAGCUUUGUGGGAAGCUGCUUGUAUAAAUCAAGCUCCUGAAACCUUUGUGGUCGAUUAGAAUCAGUUAAAUGGGAGCAUAAAGCAGAUUAUCUCAAAUUAACUAGUGGUAUUUUUGUUUGAAAAAAAGUUUGUCGUCGAGCACUUUCGCCCAAACAAGCAUUCAAAUGAAUUUUAUUUUCAUCCAUUUUGUAGAUAUUUGAAGCCAAUAAUGAUGCCAAUACAACGGUAACACUUAAAAUAUCAAGUCUCUUAAUCACUCGCUACAUUCGAAUAGAGCCUACAAGUUGGAAGAAAGAGGCCUGUAUGCGUGUGGAGGUCUACGGUUGCAAAGGUAUAGUAAACUAACUCCACUCUCUCUUUGGGAGUGACCAGAAGCUCUGAGAGUUAAAUUUUUCAUCCCCGAUGAGUAGUUCCAAAUGGUAGCCCCGGUUUCCAUGAAAGAUCACGUGGGAGUGCUGUGCGUGCUGUACAUUUCAUGUCUUUCAAAAGGCGAGAUUGCAUCUCUGAGAUCUUUACGAUUUCUAUAUCACGAUUUUGCCUCCUCGCUUUUUGUAUUAAAACCGUUCUUACAAUAAGAAUAUUAUAUACACUUUAAUUUAAGCUGGUCUUUAUGUAUCCUGAUUGUGUUUCCAAAAUGUCAAACGAGAAAGUAUCUGGUGAAUGCAACAAAAGACUCGUCUGACGUAACUGUAAAGUCAGACGUCUGUAGACACACAAACGUAAUAUUUUGUCCGUGUUACUGCACGGAUAAUGAUGGAGUCAAAGUUAGCAGCAUGAAUUUUCCACAAAUCACGAGCAAAAUCAAUCCUUUGAUUUUUGUCCUUGAUAUCAUUGCGUCCAACCUUGAGGAAGUCAGCCUAAGCUUUGUGCAACUGGCUCAAAUAUCUCUGCUUUUUGUUUUCUCUCUAUAUAGAAUGCACAGGCGACCUGGGUGCCGGUUCAGGCGUAAUCCCUAACAAGGCUAUGACCGCCUCCACCAACUUGGGUCCAGGCUAUCAAGCCUGGCUGGCACGGUUGUAUAAUCCACACGGAGCCUGGUGCUCAGCAACGAAUGAUGGAGAUCAGUAUCUUCAGAUCCAGUUUCCACAGGUUCGCAAGGUUCGUCAACUGGGAACGCAGGGUUCUGUUGUUAAGAAAGGAUGGGUGGCAAGAUACUUGGUUAAUUACAGCCAAAAUGGAGAGGAAUGGAAAGAGUAUACGAAUCUCAAAACAGUCGAGGUAAGCCAUGAUGUCAUAAAACUAUGGUUUGGAAAAUAAAAAUGAAAGACGCAUGUAAGUAUGAACACAUCAACAACGGUUAUAAACACAUCAACAGCGUUUGAGCCCAUAAAGAGUGAUUUCCUUUUAUCAGUAGUGAAAUUUAAGGUCGCAAAAACUGAUUGAAUUCCCUCUCUGAGGAGCUCCAACCAAAGUAUAGAACUUUGCUUCCUCUUCUCAAAGGCUCUUUUUUUCAUAGAUAUUUGAUGGAAACGUGAAUGAACACGAAGUUGUGAUAAAAAACUUUGUACAUCCUUUUGUUGCCAAGUUUGUCCGCAUCCGACCUGUAGCGUGGCAUAAUGCUAUCUGCCUGAGGAUAGAACUCUACGGCUGCCCAGGUAACGUUUCUUACAUAAAAUCAUGGCUAGGGGAAUCAAAAUCCCUUUGGAGGAGGCUGGCUGUCCAUUUUAUCUCAAUUUUGUAUUUUCUGAAGUAACUAGAAGCCUGGUUACCACCUCUCUAAGAUGGAAUGCAAGUAUUUGAAAGGUUACCCAGCAUUUCGCUAGGUUUCCUUAGCCAUUCUGUGGUGCCAGCGCGUGUUUCUGAAUGAAGAGAGAGGCUCUGUUUAAAUAGGGUUUUGUUCCGUUGAUCUUGUCCAAGAGCUCAACAUAAUGAUCUUGGCUGGGCCUCGAACUUCGUUCUUUUGAUCUUUUUGAUCUGUUGUCCAUCGCUAAGUGUUUGCCCCUGAGACUCUCAUAACCACAGCACCAUAACAAAGACUAAAUUGGCUCGGAUUUAGUCUUUAGCACAAAUACGGGCGCAAACCAACAUACACAGUUUCAUAGAGCUUUUAUUGAGUGUAUAGUGAUAGAGCUUGUCCAAUUGUGAUUAUGUCUCCUUGACGAUUAAAAAUAAUGGCGAAACAUGUGACAGAAAGCAUAGUGAAAUAGAAUAGUUACCUUUAUUUACACAGAAGAGGGGGAAGUGAUCGGAAAAAACACCCGCAAAAGCUUUUUGAAAGGGAUUUGUGUUGAUAUAGGGUAAUUUGAAAGUACAUUCAUUCUACUGGCUCUAUCUUGUCUUGAUCAUCAUAAGACUUAGGAUCUUUCGAUGACUUUCCCUCGUAGCUUGUGACAAUCCUUUAGGUAUGGAAGCACAUGAAAUUUGGGACGGAGACGUAACAGCAAAUAGCCACAGAAGUCUUUAUGAACCAUACCGAGCUCGGCUUAAUGGCGCCAGCGGAUGGCAGGUCCAAAGCGAUCGUUCUAACUCUCCCUUCAUUCAAGUAAAGUUGGGGAGUGGUGACUUCACGCUUACAGGGGUGGCGACACAAGCCGUGCAUAGCAAUCUAGUCAAGUCCUAUACCCUCUCGUACAGUUACGACGGCAUAGAUUGGGUGGAUUAUCGAGAAGAUGGAAGAGUUAAGGUAUUUUAACGUCCUACUUUCAUAAAAUUACAAAUUUGGUGAGUUCAGAAGGGGAGGAGGGGGUAAUGGUCAAUUGAUGCAUGUACAUGCCGUUACUGUCUUUUAGUCAAGUAUUACAUCGUUCAGAAUCAUUGACAUUUUUGCUGGCAUAUAGAUGAAAAAUUUUUUUUUGAAAAAAAAAGUUUACAUUCGUAGAAUAUCAAAUACUUUCACUCUGAGAAUAUAUUUUCUUGAGCAGAUCUUUGAGGGAAACAACCCCUCCACCAAGACUGUAAAGCACGAAUUACUCAGGGAGGUCAUUCCUCUGUACAUCAGAUUAAAUGUGAAGGAUUCAACGGCUACAUACGCAGGACUUAAAUUAGAACUUUAUGGCUGCAAACGUAAGUACAUAAUUUUUCCUGUAAUUUGUUCUGCGGUGGCUCUCAGCUCUAGAAUUCGAAGUACGAGACAGCAGAUCUACUGAUUGUUCCACACUUGAACUAUUCCAAAGACUGAUGGUGAUCGCGGUGAUUUCUAAGAGCGAGUCAUCUUUCCACGGUCUUUUUAGUUUAAUUGGCAUAGAUGAACGGUAUCUUGUAACAGUUUGAGAACUGAACUCCAGCAUGGGUGUUCACCUUUCUUUAGUGGGCUCUCAAAUUCAUUAGGAAUAAUACUAUCACCUUAAGACUCUCUCGAGUUUUAUUAAGGAGCGCCCGUCGGCGUUAUAAUGUAGCUACAGUUUACCCAGCACCUCUCUUUGAUUUAGUUGGAAAUGGAUGGGUAGAGGGUAGUGAGAGAAAGGCAAGAACUUUAUUAUUUCUACCCUUCUUCCUUUCGCCCAUAAAAUCUUUUUUUCUUCCCAAUAUCCGUUAUGUAGGGAUUCCAAUAUAAAGACCAGGUAUGUUGCGAUUAGGUCGUCGCGUUCCGAGCGGCGCUCGCCAAAAAAAUUGCUCAGGGAAGCAGCCGGUUUCAAUCAUGUCGAGCGAGCAUGGGAAUCAACUCCGGGAUUUGUUUGCGCGUUAUAUAAUUACAGUGUGAAACUGUUGUAAAUACUUGUGAGAAAUUUUUAUUGUUUUCGUUCAGUGUAAAGCACCUAUAUGUAUAUUAACAGGUUGACAGGAAGAGUGGGUUUUGUAGAUAUCAAGAAACAAUUGCUGGAAAAUGAUAGGGACGUAUUGUGGAGGCGUUCAAUUAUGUUCAUUUAAGAAAAAGUUGAGUUAAUUCGUUUUACAGGUUACGUUGUUGUCAAUAACAACGAUGCUAUUGGUCGUCCAACAUCUCAAUCUGGAAAUCUGACAGACACCUCUGCGCUUGCAAUCGAUGGCAACAGAACUAAUUACGCGGCCAGUUCCUGUUCAUUUACCGGCGAAACCGAGAUACCCUGGUGGCAAGUCUAUCUGCAGUCAACGAAGACCGUAACAGGAGUAUUUAUCGUAAACCGUGGCGACAAAAACUACCGAGAGGUCACAGAACUAUCAAUUAGAGUCGGCUUUAUACAGAACAGAGGAGGAAUUGGAAACCCGACGUGUGGUGGACAGACCCAUUUUUUCUCAAGAGGCGAAUCCAGAUUGGUUUCCUGUGUGCCGGAAGUGGAGGGCAGAUUUGUAACCAUAUUUGCCCUGCAAGUCAAUUCAUCGCUUAGCCUAUGUGAGGUGGAAGUUGAAAUAAGCGAUAUAGGUUAGAUUGUCAGUUCUUUAUCUGGAUUAAUUACAUCGUAAUUGAUAAAAUUACACCAUAUCAGUGCUGAAGGAAACCGAUCGUCUGCCGGUGACAGCAGACGCUGCUCGAGGGCAAAGGUUGCUAUGUUGUUACUCGUGAAAAAAUCCUUGAGUAAUUCACCUCAGACUGUCUUAGUGUUAGUCAGUGUAGGAACGAGAUUAAACACAGAUAACGUAACAAAACCUUUGCAUGAUACCCACGUGAAUUGCUACGACCUUAGAAAGAGUUGUCAUUUCCCAUUAAUUUCAGAUUCAAAUAACUUUUACUCCGUUCCUAUUCAAUGCGGAAGAUCAAGUGAUUGCAAAGCAAAAACUCAAGGAAGGAUGCAUUUGUACUAUUUAAACGAUUUUUUGAUCAACAUUGACAACCAACAAUAUUAGACAAAACAGCUUUGACUUUAUCCACGCCUCCCCUUUCUUCGUAUUCUUUGUAUAACUAAAAAGCACAGAUCGGCAUUAUUGUGGCUGUCAUAGUUUGCAAACUCUUGUCUUUUCCAAACACCGCGUCCCCGUAAAAUGCCAAUGAUAGUUUAUUUCCUUCUUUUGUGCAUUAGUCAGUCAAGAAGGUCUGGGAAUGUUCUCGGAUCGUAUCCCAGAUGAUCGCAUCACUGCCUCGUCUUGGCUCAGCGCCAAACAUCGACCACAUUAUGGGAGACUGGACAGGAACAUAGGCCACGGAGCGUGGUGUAGUGCGCGGAACGACGCUCAGCCUUAUUUGGAAAUUGACGUGGAAAUCGAACACAUAAUCACUGGUAUUAUUAUCCAGGGUAAACAUCGGCUGUCCUCCGAUAAGCUCGGAUUUGCUUGGGUAACCGAGUUCUUUCUGUCUUUUACCGCCAACCGGGAAAACUGGACUUUUGUUACCGAUGUGAAAACCAGCCAACCUAUUGUGAGUAAAAUCAGCCGUACGGAAAUGUCUUAUUUAAAGCUAGUUUUGUUUCAGGAUUUACAGCCUGGCAAGGCUUAGACAGCGCGUCUGCUUUUCCUUAAUAACAGAAAAAAUAUGCCACAAUUAGCCCAUAGCCCGCGAGCAGGCCCUCAUCAUCAACCCUGCAAGACACUCGUUUCUCCUUCCUCGGCAAGAUUUUAGUCGAAUCAGUAAGUGCUUCGACGAGGGUCCGGCACUAAUAUCAGUGCUGGACUUCAAAACCUCAUACUUUCCACGGCCGAGGAAACGCUGGUGCCGAAUGCGUAAUAAAAGGGGCCUGUUCAUAUGCUUGUAAUGUUCAAAAAGCAAUCGUUACUUUGCAGUCAUCACUUAAUAUAAAGAGGUUACUACCUAACUCUUAUCACAGUCUUUUAAGUCUCUCAGUUGUUGGUCUUAAUGUUGAGGUCUCUUCGUAUAGUCACUGAUUUCAUUUCUCGAAUACAGGAACUUAAACAAGAGAGGAUUGUUGAAACCACCUUUUCGUAAUUUUCCUUUAAGGCGUAGCAUCUAUUGAACAAAAUUGGUUUUUAUUAUAAAGAAUAAUACUUUCUUCUUUUGCUAACAGUAAUGAUGAUAAUUGGACUAAGCGCUCUCUGAACGAUUGACGAAGAUUUUAAUGGUCGCUUACUAUUCGCUGUUGAUUUCUCGUUUCAGAAAUUUCUCGGAAAUGAUGAAGUUAAUUGGAGAAAAAAAAUCGGACUGCUCGGGUUUACUGGCCGCUUUAUUCGCUUUCACCCUGAGAAGUGGAUUAACUUGCCUUGUCUUCGGGUGGAGCUCUUGGGAACUAAAGGUGUGUUCUUUUACUGGGAUAUAAAGUCAAGUACACUGUUGAAUCCAGCGGCCCGAAAUACAAACUUAUUAAUCUGGCUUUGUGUUUCGAUCAUUAGAUCAGAUUACUGUAAAUUUGUUUGCUGAGAUCAUUAACCCAUCUACUUCACCUUAAUCGUUUGCUCAUUAUAAUUGUCGUUUGUCCUUCGGCUGUAGCUAAUGUUCAGAUAGUGGGGCAAAAAGUCGACAUAAAAUGAAUUUAAGCAAAACUUCUCCAAAUCAAUACACAUGUCACUGUUAAUCAUGUUUUUUUUAAUCAUAGUUUGUUCCGCUCCCUUGGGAAUGGAAUCAAGACUGAUACGAAACUCGGCCAUUCGUCAUUCCAGUUAUCAUUCAUAUUACUAUGGCUAUCAAGCAAGGCUCAGAAAUAGUUAUUAUUGGUUACCACAAAAUGCGGAUGAAUUCGCCUUCCUUAAGAUUGAUUUUGGGGCUUACAAACAGCGUUUUACCGCAUUGGCCAUACAAUCUGGGGGUGGUGGCUUUGUGACCAAAUUCAAAUUAUCCUACAGUGUGGAGGGCUGGUCGUGGAGGAACUGGAUCGAAGACGCUCGCGAACAAGUGAGUAACCUGACAUAAACGUUCUCAUCUUCUUUGUUUCUAAAAAGGAAGGUUUUUUGUUGAUGAAUCUCAUUUUGGUUCCCUUUUCCCAUAAGCCACUUUUUGGAAGCCAUGGAAGCAGAUGUGCCUUCAUGACCUCGAUCCAAAUAUUAGGGAGUUUAAGAAAACCACGACAGCAACGGGAACGGGAACUUCACUAAACAAAAGGUUAAAUGAGCAGAGCAAUGGCUCUGCACGUACGCUAUAAAUCUUUGUAAAUCUCUUUGCGUCCUCUGCAAAACAACGUGAAAUGAGCAAACUUUGCGUUGUUUGGAGAACGUGAACGACGACGGAUAAUUUUUUAAAUUUCUUAUUUGACGCCGUGUUCCAUAUUCAGUUUUGACAGUAAAAAAAACAAAUUAAAUGACUUAAGAUUAUCGCGAGAUUCGUUGGUAAAAUAAAAGUUCAUUUUCUUAACCGGCGUUGUCCACGAAGUCGCCGUCGUCGUUUCUUAAAUUCCCUAUUUUCCCGUUAGGCCGCCCACUUAGUCUGUAAGUGCAUGUUAUUCUUGAUAGAAGUUAUAUUGGAUAUUGCUCGCCAUCCCAAAAUCGCAAUGCAAAAAGGCUCCUUGAUCUGUUAGUAAUUAAGGUUCUCCUUGAGAUCAUUGAUAUUUGUCAUCCUUCUCUUUUCAUUGCCUUCUCAGAUUUUUUAUGGAACUAAAAACAGAAGAAGCAUCAGGAGAUUUUUUUUGCCGUAUUCUGUAGAAGCACGCUACUUACUAAUUAGCCUUCUAGCUUAUGUCGGAAGUAGGGAUACUCGUAUUGAGGUCUAUGGAUGUAAAGGUUUGUGAAAGACAAUCUAUCUGUCAUGAUAUGAAGGCCAGGGAUGAUCUGAAGGAUAUAGCGACCAAAAACCUUGUUAUUUCUACUGUUGCGUUACAUUCCAUUGAGAAUUUCGUGGUAUAAAGUUAUUGAAACAAUAAAUUCAAUUUUAAAAGGAGACGGAUUUUGAAAACUAUUAAAAAUGAAACAAUUUAAUAUUUCAAAUUGGAAUCGUAAAUGGGCCAAGUUCAUAUCACUUACACUACGUCUUGGUCUUACUAAGUCCCUUAGAGAAAAACUUGGCUUAGAGUAUUUUCUAACAAUCCUCAUCAGUCUUUUGUCCCCAGGUUUCGUUCCUAAAAUUAAUUAUUUGAAUAUAUAGUGAAACUCUGAUACGGGGUUGAUCUUGAACUAACUUGAAUAAAUACUGGCAGAGAGAUGCUUGAUGUGUGACCAUGAGAUGAUAUAAUGUGAGCGCUAAACGGGCCACUUAGAUCAGACUUGUGAAUGAAUGCACACUUGUGAAUGAAUGCACACUUGUGAAUGAAUGCACACUUGUGAAUGAAUGCACACUUGUGAAUGAAUGCACACUUGUGAAUGAAUGCACACUUGUGAAUGAAUGCACACUUGUGAAUGAAUGCACACUUGUGAAUGAAUGCACACUUGUGAAUGAAUGCACACUUGUGAAUGAAUGCACACUUGUGAAUGAAUGCACACUUGUGAAUGAAUGCACAGCGCAUAAAACCUUAUCCGACCAAAAUAAGUUCAAGAGCGGAUUUAUCGAUACUUAGAAUUUCAAACUGCAACAGUAGACAUCACUCAGUGUCCCUCUGGAAUAAUACUCACAGGUGGUUAAUUUUAAAAUAUCAAGUUGCCUUCAACUGCAAGCACUAGUCCCCUGUUUCUGUAACAUACAGCGACCGUCUACUCUUCUCGGUCAGGUGUCUUGUACCGUUGUUUGUUACCCAUUUCCACUUCUGAGUGGAGAGGGAGGUUGAAAUAGGAAAGUUCCGCGCCUCAGAACAAAUCUCACACUCUAAAAAGUUAUUUUAUCGGUGACUUGUGCAAAGUUGUAUGAUUAUGUCGUCUCUUGCCAGGGGAUUAUUCUGCCCUUACGGUGGGAGUUAAGCGCAUCGACAAAAUUGCCAAUUCUUCUAUGACCGCCUCAAGCUGGAAACCUGGUUACUACCCUUAUGCAGCGAGGUUGUACGGGUCGAUUGGAAGUGGUUCUUGGUGUGCGGCUGCUGCCAAAAAAGAUGAAUAUCUGCAGGUGGAUCUAGGAACACAAUACAACUUGGUCAAAAUAGGGCUGCAAGGUGACGCUGCAUCGGGCUCAGGAGUAAAACGGUUCUACAUUGCUUACUCCGGAAAUGGAGGAAAGUGGACUGAUUACAUGAUACAUGGAGUGGCAAAGGUAGGAAGAGGGGGGGGGGGCCUGGGGGAGGAGGAGGUGUAGUCAAGUAAAAAGUGAACUUCACUCGAGAAAUUUCAAUUUUAUUCAUGUUGUUUUUUUGCGUCUGAACUUGUUGAAGACCAACACUAGAUCUAUCAAUGUCUUCUAAGUAUGAAUACAUUGGAAUCAGUUGGCAAAUAGUAUAUACUGGACAAAUCACAAUUUUUCUUGGGAUAAAAGCAUGGUCUUCCUGAUCCUAUUGUAAAACAACUCAAUAGACAAAAGAAGACAAAAAAACAUGAUCAUAUGAAAAACGAAUGAAGUUGGUGUCGUCUUGCAAUCAGCACUUAAUGAAUGUCUUGCAAACCUUUUAUUGCUUCUAUUAUAGUGACUUUAAAAUUCGUAAACUUAUCUCUGGUUCGAUUUGUUUAAUUGUUAAUAAUAGAAGGCCUUCCCGAUCAUUUUCUUGACUUUCAGCAAUUUGAAAGUGUCAGUGGUGACUCAUUACUCCGAACCGUUUUUGAACGAACUUUUAUCGCGAAGAUGAUCAGGAUUAUCGUAAACAGCUGGAACAAUUGGCCGUGUUUGAGAAUGGAGCUGUAUCACGCGGGUAAAACAAUGAGAUCUUCUUUUGUUCAAAAGGCGUCACUAUAUUGAUAACUUAGUAACAAUCAAAACAUACACUUUUGGUUUAUUCUGUGUAGGUUGUAAAAACGACUUGAGCUUCAGUCUUAAAGAAGCCAAAAAUGGAGGAUACACAGCAUCAAGUUUUCUUGGACCUGGGUUUGAGCCAUGGCGUGCAAGCAUUCUCAGUUCAAGCAAACAACAUGGUUGGUGCGCAGAAAACAGUUCAGCCUCAGAGUAUUUGCAAAUUGAUCUGGGAAUUCUUCAUCAAGUCACUGGAGUUUUGACCAGAGGAAUCGUUGCAGGGGUUUUAGAGAAGGAAGCCUGGGUGGAACAAUACACGAUUCAAUACAGCAUACUAGGAGAUCACUGGAUUGAUCACAAGGAGGAAGACGUCGUCAAGGUGAAGUUUUCAAAGCAAUAAUUCAAAUUUGGUUCGUUUUUCGUAUGCACUUCUUUCAAAAAUCUUAGGUGCAAGUGCUACGGCAUACAACAACAUAUGAAGUCUCGGAGUGAUAGUAGAUGAUACCUUUGAAUAAAAACAAUGGAAAGCUGAACCCUUUAUCACUUAGCAUCAGUAGGCAUAUUCUCCAUACUUUUCUCUAUGCAUUUCCUAAGGUGCUGACAAGGAGAAUUUAAUUAUUGAUCCAGAGCUUCUUCAGGGGGUGAUCAUUUCCUUUAUUUUUGUGAUUUUAAUGUUUAAUUUAGGGGGAUAUUAUAAAGAUAAAUCAGAUCGUAGAAAUUCUUAGAGGUUAAUUAUAAAAUGUUAAUAGCUUGAAGAAAGAUGGAAAAAAAUUUUAGGAGGACCUUACAUUAUUUUAUUGAUAUCUUAUGAGGAUUUAGGGGAAUUUUCAAAAUAUUUAUAAUAUCGAAGGACAAUGAAAUUAGCCCAGAACCAACGGAAGAGGAUCUCAAUGGUGCGGAAUCUCUAACGGUUGACCGUUGAAUCUACAUGUGUUAAGUGCUGGUCACCGAUUUCAGUUUUGACUAAUGAAUAGAUACUGCUCAGUGACCCAUUUAUUAGAAACGCUGCUUAAUUUAUCAAGUACCGCCACUCUUAAAUACACCUUUACAAUAUCAUUUUCCAAAACGGGAGGUGUUAAAGAGGAAAAUCAUCCCUAAUCUUUAGCAGUAAAUCUGAACAGAAGAACCUCCAACGGAAUAUUGACUAUUGCAUCAUUCAUUUCUUUUUUUUCUCUUGGUCAUUAAACUAUUGACGCUGAAUUUUAUUUAGAGCCUAAUGAAAAGACGAUGAUCUUUUUUUUCGUGUAGUUGCUGAGCAUAAUCCUACUCUGUAAGCGACAUGGGGUUUUUUUUAACGUUUUUUUUUGCUUGCACAACAGACAUAUGAUGCAAAUGCAGAUGCAGUUUUUCCAAAGAGCCAGGUCACCAAUUUCCACGCCCGUUUUGUUCGAGUAAUUCCUGAACAGUGGCAUUUUAGACCAUGCAUGAAGGUGGAACUCAAAGGCUGCGAAGGUGAUUUUUUUAUAUUUUCUAUUGAUCCUUUUAUGUGACGCGGACUGUGGAACACAUCGUCAGAGUCAAUCGAGGAGUUGAUUAUCAUUCUGUUUCGUUUGAACGGAUUGGUCACUAUUUUUUGUCGACCUUUUUUGAGAAGUUUAGCUUCCUAAGCGCCUGCCUUGAAAGCAGGUCAUGCCGUAGGGUUUGACACACUCAGUCUCAUCCAAUAGUAAGUUGAUGUUUGUAACUUCACGUUUUCUCGUCUCGAGUUUGUAUUCUGUUAGUCUUACGUUGAGGUUUCCAGUCAGGGUGAUUCAGGUUGUUUAGCAGUGGAUCCUUUCAUCACUUUCCUUUAAAUAUUAACCGCGCUGUAUUUGUCUUACAACGUCAUUGGAUCUUUUGCAAAUACGAAUUCCUCCUCGCCUUUUGAUAAACUUUUUUCAUUUAGAGUGUUCAUCCCCAUUGGGAAUGGAGCAUGGUGAGAUCAACAACAACCGAAUAACAACAUCAACUCCUACCUCAAGAUCUACUAAUUCUCGACUACGCCACGGAUAUGAGUUUUUGGCUAGUUCCUCCUGGGACCCAUUUAUUCAAGUUGACUUAGGGCCGGAAAAUAAACGACUGACGGCCUUUGCUAUGCAAGGAAGGGAUAACACUUACAAUACUUGGGCCGUCUACGUGAAAUACGCAAUCGGGGAUGGGUCAGAAUGGUUUAAUUAUACAGAAAAUGGAGAGAAAAAGGUACGAUUUACUUAACGUUGUAUUAUAUCAUGAAUUCAUUGCGGCCAAAAAGUUUUUUUCCUUCUGCACAUUUGCUCAAGUGUUAUAAUAUUGCAGCAUCAAUAGAUGUCCAUGGGUGAGACUUGCUGCUACAAUGACUAAUGUUUUAUUAGUGCACCAUACCGAGAAAUUAUACACUGCUUUGUACGUUAAAAAUUUCCAGGAAAAAAAAAAAAGGACAGUUAGUAUCAAAUUGUUUGUUCAUUCAUUGUUAGUAUCAAAAAGACUAGAAUAAAUGAUAAGACGUGGGAAGACCACCUUGAGUCCACGAUUAGCGACCAAGACUGUAUGCGAAGUCUCCUUAAUGUUUCAACUUAGCUUUUAUACGUUAAUUCUUUCCCAGUUUUAUUUUUUAGCACUGAAGUUCUUCUAACACUUUUGAUUCUAUUCCACUAAUCGUUUAGCGCCUUACUAACGCAAAUGCUUGACAGGUCAGCUGACAUCGGUCAAUUUGAAGAGGAAUUGAAAAAAGGGUCAAGUUUAGGAAGAGACUCUUGCUACAGGAUAAUCCUUGAAAUUAGUGACAAGAGCUUUUAAGAAUGGCUGCCUGUCAGGAUCGAGAAUCGUCCGUCAACGACCAUUUUGGUGAAAUGCUCAUAUUUUGCUCAAAGAUACCCUUUUAUAAACUAUUUUCAAAAAUCAUGUUUUUAAGUUUCAGCGAUUCUUAAAUUUUUAUAAAUUUGCCAAAAUCUGAAAACGCGGUUUUCAGGCUUCCGUAGCUAAGGCUCCGCAUGACGCACAGUCAAAAAUUAACUGCAAAAACCAAGCCCCGUUUAAGGAUUAAAAUGUAAUCAAUCAACGCCAAACUUCACACGAUAUUAGGACAGCUAUUCUUAUUCAAUUCUAGUUAAUAAACUUUUUUGGGGCACAUCGAUUUUGGGAUUAUUUAAGCCCUUGAAAGAACAUCCUCACAGACAGAGUAAAAUGGCGGCGAAAAACGGGUGAUAUUUCACGCGAAAAAAAUGUACCUGGUACCACAUAUUUUGGAUUUUCAACAACAUAUUCGUGAAAUAUUGCUAUUUUCCAUUUACUGUGAAAAGUAUGAUGUCCGGAAUCGCAUUGCUUCCCUUCGAAAAUGGCAGAAAUGUUUGUGACUUUGAGUGAGAAAAAUGAUGCAAAGUGUGUAAACAAACAACAAGGUAAUUUAAUCAUACUGAGUUGUUAAAUCUCCAAAUUAAAUCCGGUCUCCACUGUGUCGGCUUGUAGCUUGGAAAAUGUAAAGACAAGUAAACUGUUCCGUAAGAUAUUUGAAAAGGUUCUACAAAAUAUUUUUGGGCUAAAAAUCUGCAAGUGAAGUACAUAUUACAUUAGCACCAUCUCAUAUUCAAGUAAUGCAAAAGAUACAUUCGAGAGAAGCUACUUAGUAGAUUAGAAUUUGAUUCCAUGCUGAUAAAUAAGAUAUUUUUUUUAUCUUUUACUUUGGGAACUCAUUUUCUGUAGGUAUAAAUACAUCGAAAGGCGACUUUUGACCUUCAAAGUAAUUCAAUGCAAGACGACAGUUCUUCUUAUCCUUGUAAUUAUCAAUGUCACGCAACGUAACGCCAUUGAAAACGUAUCGGGGGUGCUGAAACAUACCCGCGUAGAAACCGCAAAUCAAAUAAUGAUAAAUUAAAUUAGAGAGAGAAAUCCCGCACUUCAAAAUGAGCCGAAAGAAAUGUAGGUUGAAUACUCUCACGUCCGUCAGUUUGCAUGUGUCGGCUACCAGAUGAGUAAACUUCAUUACCGAUAUGAAGACCAUAAAAGGAAAGUGAGGGUCAACAUCGGCAUAAUUAAAAAAAAAAAACAGAACAAAACGGAAGAACUUCUAAUUACUUUACGUGCUUUUAUAAAAAUGAGAUAACUAGUAACUGACGAAUAGAAACGAGUCACCGUUAAUUCGUUUCUUCCUCACUUUUCUAUUCUGCUAAACUAAAGAGAAAGUCAGCAUCACGAUGACUUUUGGCAAGUACAUUUGCUGACAAUCUCUUUCAGUAGAGCCAAGUAAGGGGACUUUUUACGCAUGGGCUUUGAUGGAAUAUCGAGGCCAAGGUCUUCACACAUGUACUGCAACAUGGGUAGCGUCAAGAUCUUCAAAGAGUCAUUUAGCGCCAUUUCACAAAGAUCGUACUGACCGUAGAUCAAGGGAUGGUCAAGUUGUAUUGACGCGACAGUCUCCUUUGCCUCGCUAAAAUUACUCUCCUCUUGAGCUGCUCGGAUAUCAGCCUCGUCAGGAUCUCUCUGGCGUACUAAGGCACUCUGUCUUGAGAAGAAAGAGGUGAUCUGGGUGGUUGUGAGGAAUUCCGAUGACUGGAUUAGUCGUGCACCAUCGGUGCCCCGGGCACGCCGCAUUUCUCGAACAAUUACCUCUGUGUCGAGCUUGUGGCCUGUCGUCUGCCCUAUUCGAAAUUUAGAUAAAAGGUACGACGUAAGCCUUCCUCACUACUCUAAGAGCCUAGCCUUCUUUCAGAGAAACACGAGAAUCUUCCUGUCGCACAAGGGCUUGAAGAGAUGGCAGCUUUCCCACACCUUCCUCCAAAUAUGAUUUGUAGGCAAUUUUUGCUAAGUCCAUUAGAGAAUGUUUUUCUGGUACCCUGCUACAUUUUUCGAGUGACAAGUGCUUUUCUAAGGCUGAAAGCCUUUGAAAAACAUGAGUGCAGCCGUCUUGAGGACAUGAAUACACCCCUGCUGCCUGGCCACGUUAUAUGGAAGCUAUCUCUUCAGCCACAUUUUCUUCCCCUGACGAUUUGUGGGGGGUACUUUUAAAGAACGGAAAUCUCUUGCAGAAGCUGAUGGUCGCAGAAUCCCUUGUCCAGGACCUUCAAAAGUAAUAAGAGAAAUAUAAAUAUGACAGCCAUACAGCUAAGAAAUAAUUAUCUCUUAUAAAAAUGACUCUUUUCCUUUUAAAAACCAAGAGAGAUUGAGAUCAUCAAUUCAUAUUUGAAGCUUACCAUUGUCUGUUGUUCAGGUAUCUGCACCAUUACUCGAGGCUCUUUGGGGUUAGACACAAUACUUGCUCCAGCGCCCUCCACCGGCGUCUGUUCAUUUGCAACUUGCCCGCAGAUGAACUCGUCGCAUCGCGUACAAAUUGCUUUAAAAAAAAAUUAAAUAACUUAAAUCAAUUACUAUUCCUAGGUAUAAAGUAAUCAAUCAGUCAUCAAUCAAUGGAUAAUCAGCUACUCAGACGAGAAAAAAACGUUGGCAAUAUAAAUUGCAAAGUUUCCUCACUGAUAUAAAAUAUGCUAGCUUGAGAAAGUUGAAACUUAUGGUGUUUUUUUUGUGUAAGGUAUUACAAAAAAACGUGAGAAAAAACAAUUUUAUGAGAACAUUUAUCAACAGAAGCAAUUCAAAUUACGCGACCCAACUGGAACUAAGGUGUAGGAGUUGCAAAAAAUAAACAUCGAUUUUCGGCUAUCCACACGGUUGCUUCCUUUGGCACUCGAGGACUUAUGUGUUGCUAGAUCCUUGGGAAUUGCACAAAGGGUUUUCCUAGUCCUCCAACGUAUGCCAAAGUCUGCCCUGUGGCGUGGGAAAAUAGUCAGGGUAAGAUGUUUUUGCUCAAAUGAGAAAACACCUGUAAAAAAUAUAAAACCACUUAAAUCUGUUGCAGGACUCAUUCAUAAGCACAGUAAAGUUACCUGGAAACCCACAAAAUCAAUAUUUACCGGCUCUGGCUAAUAGCAGCUUCAUUUCAGUUCUAGAACCUUCAUCUGCACUCAGUCCAAGAGUCGAUAGAUGUCCAGUUACAUCUUUCGAGCAAUCCUCGAGUGUAAUGCAUUCCACCUGACCAGGAUAAUCAGGAGAUCGCCCGCAAGGGGUCACCUUAUCAACUAGCGUUAUAUAGCUACAGAGAGCCAUAAAAUGACAAGAAAUAAUAACUUCUGAUGAGAGCACGUAUGAAAGCUCAAGACUCGUCCGUGAAAUAACUUUCCUUAGAUCUGUUACGAAAUUUAGACCAUUUACGCAAGAGCUUCGUGGGCAGUGAUGACGUGCAGGCCUCACCACGAGUGAAAAUUGUGAUUGAAUGGUGCGAAAUGUUGGAAGCUCAAUGAAAGUAAAUCAGAGAUUGAAGUAUAAAAGUGUUACCGUGUAGUUAUCAGACCUUGAGUGAAGUUUUUGUUUUUAGUCUUUGGUAUAUUUCAUGAUGACAGCCCAUUUAGGGUCUCAUGUGGUGCGGCCAGUGUUUGUUGGGACCGGAUGUCGGUUAAUUAGGAACAAUUCGCCUUAAUACACUGGACUAUUCGUAAAGAAUGCUGUUCUCCUUCUGUAUUCGCUGGAAUUCUUGAUUUAUAUAUAUACAUAUAUAUCUAAAACAAACUAAAACAAAGCCCUUGCAGCUGAAAUGUUUAAAAGUCAUUCAACAGACUGAUCAAGAGAUUGUCACAUACAAUUUUCUUAAUCGUAAUACAUAUAAUGGUGAUUGAUGAAAUGACUGUAAGAACAUUUUCGACGGUGAUUUUAUUUUCUCUCAGCUCUCACACAACUCCGAAUGUACGACUUCCCUAUUACUCAAUAUUUUGUAGAGUACUAGCCAAAAAUUUCCAAAAUUAAAGUUUAUUUUUAAACCUUUUUCCACCAGGGAAGGAAUGAUUAGAUUGGCGUUUGUUUACACAACACACAUCAUCUCGGUCACUCUGGACACAAACAUUUGCGGUAUUUUCGAAGGGAAGCGGUCCGAUUCAAAGCAUCAAAUUUUACUCAGGAAAUAAAUAAUAUCAUUAUAUUACGAAUAUCAAGUUAAAAAGUUAAAAAGUGAGGUACCAGGUACACUUUUAUCGCGUUAAAUUUCACCUAUUUUUUGCCUCCAUAUUAAGCGCUCUUUAAGGGUGUUGCUUAGAGGACUUAAAAAUUCUCAGUAUCAAUAUGUACAGAAAAAUUAACAUAACGAAAAUGAAUGGAAAGGCUUUUUAUUAUAUCGUGUGAAGUUUGGUGUUAAUUGAAUUCAUUUUAAGCCUUCAACGGAGCUUGGUUUUUACAGUGAAUUUUGGACAAUUUAAUAGGCGGAAAACCGCACUUAAACCGCGUUUUCAAAUUUUCGCCAAUUUCUAAAAAUUUAAUAAUCGUCGGAACUUUUAAACUUGAUUUUUGAAAAUAGUUUACCAAAGGGUAUCGUUGGGCAAAAUAUGAGCAAUUCACCAAAAUGGUCGUUGACGGACGAUUCUCGAUCCUGACAGGCAGCCAUUCUUAAUGAUUAAAUAUAUAUAUAUAUAUAUAUAAAUGAAUUUGGGGGUAGAGUCUACCUUGGCAUAAAGUGCUCAAUGCUGUGGUAGCAGAGCUAAGAAUACAUAAGUUAAAGAAUUAAAGAGGACGCAUCGAUUCUGUGACUCUGAGUUUCGCGUCUAAGCGCUCGUCAGACAGAACUUGCUUGAAAAGGUGACCUGAUUUCAUCUCAUGAAGAAGAAGUAUGCGGUCUGAAUGUCUCUCUCCACAUCAGAAGUCAUUACAUCAUGAGAGAAAUAGUUAACACUUUGUUAUUUGAAGGCAGGGAGGUUCCUAUUAAUGGACUGGGUAAAUUGAUUAUGGGAGAGAUUUACGUUAGAGCUUCUGUUAACCCAGAUAAAUUGCACGUCAAUGAAUGGAUUUUUUUUAUUUGACAGAUAUUUGAAAGAGACCAACACAUGGACAUGAUAAGCAAACAUUUCUUCAAACGUACCUUUACGACUCGUUUCAUCCGUGUUAUGUUACUUACAUGGUCUUUUGAUGCGGGCGUUAGAAUUGAACUGUACGGCUGUCCAGGUAUGUACAGCUUUAAAUACUGAGGGAGGGGCGAAUAAACACAUGCAUAGAGUUUAACAAUGAAGGGGAGGGGGGUGGUUUACAGAUCACCAACGUGCUCAUUGAGUGGUUCCUUCAAUUCUGACGUUCUUAACGUCUUUUUGCAUUUAUUAUUUUUAUUUCUCAUUUUCAUUCUUACAGUUGCUAAAGAGCUCUAAUAUACAUAAAAAUCAGAUAAUGAAGACCAGUACAUAUGUGCAAAUCAAUAGUAAAUGAAACGAUACCAUUUCCACCAUAAUUUGUAGGAGUGAGUACCACUUUCUAACACAAAUUGCAAUUGUUACAAGAGUUGAUUUUGUUCGAAAGAAAGAAAUAAAAGAAAUAAUACAGUUUACUUUGGAGAGGAGACUGAUAAGUCAGAGUCUUAGUUUUACACCAGGAGGACUGUCAGAAAGUAUAACUCAUCUUGAUCACGACUUCCACUCUUCUCAAUACCGUGUUUCCUUUUCUUUUCUCGAUUAUCUCAAAAAAGUAGAAGGAAAAUACUCUUCUCUUGCGUUUAUCAAUGCGAAAAUUGAAUUUCAUAAGUAAAACUUUACGGCUUUGGUCUCUCUGAGCACCUUGAAUACUUUUCGAAAAAACUACCGAGGCAAUAACGUAAUUAUGGUAUGCUUUCCUUCAGUGUGCGAAAAUCCCCUUGGCAUUGAAGGUGGUCUUCACAACAUUACUGUAUCCUCCGUCCGUGGAGUCGGGUACGAACCUUGGCGGGGACGACUUAACUCUGCAGGGAUCUGGCGCCCUUACACCAAUCAAAUAUACGAAUUCCUUCAAGUGCGCUUUGAUCAAGUGAUGACCGUAAUAGGUAUUGCCACUCAAGGUGAUAGUGGCCCAUGUGGAAGAGUUAGGAGAUUCUGGUUGUAUCAUAGUUUGGACGGAAUGCGAUUUGAAUUAUACAACGAUCCUAUAAUGGGAAAUGUAAGUAGAACAGGCCUGUCUGUUUAAUAACAAUUUUAAUCUUCACCAUCCUUUCCCUUUUCCAGAAAAAAGAGAAACUGGGUAUGGUAUCAGGAGGUUUUGCCCCAUUGCGAAUUUGUUCUCGUACCACCUUUGCGAGUUCGAACCCUGAAGUUAACAAGCACAAAUUAUAUUUUUCGAUUAACAUGCAACUGUUUGUUCUUUAAAGUAAUUCUUAAAAUUUGCUUCGAGCAUAGGAAUAAAACAUUGUCUAACCAGUUCGUUUAAGACCGGAGUAAUUUAGUGGCCUUACAUUACUCGUGUAGGAGUCUUGCGUCAGUUAACACGCUUAGGAAUUUCUAUGUCAGCCAAACUUUUGUUCAUCGAAAUAAGUUGGGGCUUAAGGUGGAGGCGAACUCGCAAAGGUGUUGGGGCGAGCUUGCAUUGGGGUGAAGCCCCAUUCAACUUUUAACGUUACCUCUCUUCCCCGUAGACUUCGUUCCUAGUCUCACUGGGUUUUCAAGCCCGGCAAAUGUUUAUGGGAGGAAUGACUUAAUCUCCGGUUCAGUGUAAAUGGAACUCUUUAUUCACAUCAGUGUGGAUAGUAAGCACUUUCAGAUCGUGAUCCGAAAAGUUAUACAUGUAGUUCUGAAACCUUGGGCUGGCAAGAGAAGCGUCUUCUUCAAAUUUCUGUAGAAGAUUAGUAGGUCACCAGGAUUAAUUGUCGAGGUCGGCUCCUGCUCCAAAAUUUGGUUAAAAAAGCAUUGUUAAAUUAUGUUAUGCAUAAGAUUAAAGUCACCGGAAAGUUAUAAUUCCUUUGGCUAAACUUUUAUGGACGGGAUUUCUUCCUUGCUGAAAAUCUGUACUUUCAGGACCUUACUAGGUUUUCGCGGGUUUAUCUUUUUUAAAAGUGAUAGAGAAUAUUUUCAAAAUCUUUCAGCGGGGCUCAUUUCAUGUAUUAUUUUUGUAGAAAUGCCUCUACGGAGCAGCUUCCAGAUUUAAUAAUAGCCAGAAAAGAUAGAUACUUUCGGGAAAUUUCCUUUUUCUCGAUGUUGUUUUUAAAAGGCGUCAACAAUUUUUUUUCAAGAAAAAGAAACAGAAAAGUCUUGCACCCACACGGUAGAAGCAAAACGCUCUUUCAACACUUCUCACCAAAAAUUCAUAAAUGGCAAGAUGAGAAAACAAAUUUCCUGAAACAGAAAAAUGGCACUCCAGGAAAGUGGUUAAGAGGGAAAAAAUAAAUUUCAUGCCGUCAACAUUGGGAUGUGAAUUAAUAAGGUAUUUGUAUAGUGUGAGAGAAAUCCUGCAAAAAACCUUUUGUUAGUCAGUUUGACAUUUAUUUUUGUCGAAAAUUCUUUCAUAAAACAGAACAAAAGAAAAUCAGUCCCGGUGCGCUGGCAUGCAAAUCCAAAGUAUUUCUCUCAGUUUCUAUGAUUUUAAAAUUCAUUCGUCUUGAAGGCAUAGCUGGGAUCACACCUAUAUUUUGAUUUUAGUUACCGACCCAAAUUUUAUGAAUUAUAUAAUUCUCGUCAAUGUUUGUUUAAAUCCUCCUCUACGUGUUUAUCAGCGAUGAAUCAUAAUGGUUGAACUUUCUAAAGGGAUCGCUGAAUGAGUAACCUGAUUCAAUAGUGUUCUCUUUAGUAUUUAGUUAAUGGUAACGAACGGAACACCCAUUUAUUCUUGCUAAUAAAAACAGCAAAAUUAAGCCAAACACACCUGCUAAGCUCUAUCGAUUUCACGUUGUUUUGUAGCAAGGAGUUAAGUGCUCUAAACUUGAUUUCCUUGCAGUGAAAUAAUGCGGUAUACGUUUCUUGGUUUGCUAAAAGUAGGAUAAUUUCAGAAAUACAAAUUUUUAUUCAAAUUAUGAAUACCGCUUCGCCACGGAAACGGAAAUAGAGCUAUGUGGCUCAAAGCAAAUAAAAAUCAAUUUCCUACUUUGUUGUUUUAGAAACCCAUGAUAAAUAUAACGUGAGAACGCUAAUUUAAACUUUUGACUUUAACUUUAUGAACAAAUUACAUUGUUUUUCCAACGUGAUUGCCUUACUUCCUGACAGUUUUCUUCUUGGGAUUACCUCUUGCGCGUUACAAAGACAUAUAUUCACAAGUUUUCAUAAGAAAGCUUUUUCAAAAUGACCCCUAUGUUUUCUUUGUUCAUCAAUAAUGAAACAAACGAGACCAACUUGUCAACUGAAAAGCCAAAUUUAGGAAAUUUGGCCAAUGAGACAAAAAUGGCAAAGGCUUUAAAAACGCUAACUUUGUCUACAUUGAUCGCUGUCUCGGUUUUUGGCAACUGUCUCGUUGUUGCAUCCGUAUACAAGAACGUUAACAAACGAAUGCGCGUUGUCGGUAACUACCUGGUGGUGAACCUAAGCAUUGCAGACAUGUUGCUGGCAAUUUUCAGCUUGUCGCGUAUGUUAACUCUCGUUCAUGUUGGCUACGAGUGGCUAGUCGGCGGAUUAUUGGGUUUGUUCCUUUGCAAAGCGCAACACUUUUUUAUCAUCCAGUUAGUGUUUGUCUCUACGAUGAACUUCAUGGCAAUUGCUGUCGAUCGAUUUGUUGCUGUUUUCUUCCCGUUCUCGCUGAUUUUGAAAGGGAAAUUGUUUUAUUUUAUCGUCGGGGCCACGUGGAUCAUUCCUAGCGCUCUAUUCGCGUUUUACUGGAAAAUGAUGGACAUGGAAGUGCGUGGUGGUACGACAGUUUGCUUUGCGAAUGUGCUGAAAAUCUUUCCAACUGUAAAACACUUUUAUGAGUUUAAGGUCGCAGAAAGUGUGAUUGUUACUGGUGUUACUCUUACAAUAACAGUCAGUCUGUACAUCGCCAUUGGAGCGAAGUUAUUACUCAGACGGCUUCCAGGAAAUGAGCAAGAAGCAGACACGCGUCGUAGGGAAGCAGUUGCACGAAAAGUUUUCCGAAUGAUGUUCAUCGUGGUAUUGGUGUAUUGUCUGUGUUGGAGUCCGCAGUGGAUUAUAUCAAUCAUUUGUAAUUUGGUCGAACGCCAGAGGCCGAUCUGUAAUAAUCCGAAUGCAAAUUUUGUGAAACUUGUUGUCGCUUAUUCAAACAGUGCAAUCACGCCGUUUAUCUAUCCCAUAUUCUCUGGAAACUUUCGCACAAGCUUCCAACAAAUCUUGACGGGCGGUUUUUGCUGGAAACGUGGAAGGGUUGCCCCUGAGGAUCAGAAACGCAAUUCCUCACGCAAAAAGCACUAUAAAGCAGAGCCAGAUGAUGAAGUACAAAGCCACAGACCAGAGGUGUUUCUUUUGCAAGACCAGGCUCAGAGUAAACUUGUGCAAAAGAAAAUUAUUUCAUCAGAGACAGGAACAAUGUGAACGAGGUGUCUUUUUAAUCAAAUCAUUAUUGCGAUAGCCUCUCGCACACGCUUUUAUAUUUCCGACCAACUGAGUAAACAUAGAAGUAAUGGGAUAUUUCUAUUGAUCCCUAAGUUAAGACUGACUAGUUUGCGAUUGAAACUUGUAGAGAGUCAGGUCCAAGAACUCAACGUAAAAACCUGUCUGUUUUCUUCAUCAGUCACUUUUUAGUUUUGUAAAACGAAUUUGCUAGCAUACGAUUCCUUAUGCUUUCUUUCUUGAGACUUUUUUUAUUAUGAAAGCAUAUGAGUUAUUAGUUUACUUUGUUGUAAAAGUAAAAAACUGUUGUAAAUGCUUAUAAGAAGAAGCUGAAAAACUAAAGUAGUCUUCAUUAAAUAUCAACACCAUGCGCGUGUUAACGAGAAAUGUACUUGAAGGAAAAAUAAAAUCAUUCGCAAACGGUUCUUCUAAGAAGGGAAUUUGUCACAAUAUGCAGUCCAUUGCUCUACCCUUCUUUUGACGAGAGGAUUCUAUCGUCAUUACAUCGAAGCCCCGGCUACAAACACUGACAAUUAUCAAAGGCUUAGUUCAAUAUGUAAACUUUGUCUCUACAGGCCACUAGAAUUCGCCCAUCUGGCGUCGUUGCUAUUCCUGUUGGAUAUGCUAAGCAAGAGGUACUUUUACCUGUGAAGCGACCGUCUAUAGAAAAUUGCUGAACUCGAUUAUUGUUACAGUCACAUACGAAGAGAUUUUCGGAAUGGUCCAGAUGAAUUCCUAAAGGCCAGUUGAAUUGUCCGUCUUGGUCUCCUUGUUUCCCAAUCUUGUUUAAGAAUGUUCCUGACUGAUCGAAAACUUUGAUGCAAUUAUUUCCUCCAUCGCACACCAGAAACCUGUCUUUAUAAGAAAUGCAGCUGGUUGGUUUGUCUAGUUUUUCUGGGCCCUCGUUUCCAAAUAUUUUCAUAGUCUCACCUUCGAGUGACAUUAUCUGUACCCUGUGAUUAGAUUCCUCGGUUACAACAACGCGGAGUUCUUCAUCCAAGUAAACAUCAGACGUCUUAGCAAACUCUCCUUUCGCUCUUCCAUAUUUUCCAAAGCUUUUUACACAUUUUCCUGUGCAAACAUCUGUUUGCUGAAUCCUAUGAUUUGAUGAAUCUGCAACCAGAAUGUCAUUAUCACUUACGAAUGCCAAACCAUGCGGGUGGUGAAAUUUUCCAGCAAUUUCGCCUUGGCCUCCAAUUUUUCUUAAAAAUGUUCCCUUUUUAUCAAAUAAGAAAAUGCAGUGUCCGCUGAUGUCCGUAAUGGCCAUCUCUUCUUUCGUGUUCACUGCAAUUCUGAAGGGUCUUUGCAGCUCUUCUCCGUUAGAAAGCUUCAGGUCCAACUCGCCAACCACAACAAUCUCACGUGGUACUGCCAAAACAACGAAAGGAGAAGUCUGAAGUUUAUUGCCACUAAUUUUCACUUCAAUGUUGUAGGCACCAGGUACUUUGGGCGUAAAAAUCAAUACUAGUUUGCCACUCUCUCCGUCGCAAACCAUCACAUCCGUGACAUCUUCCGUGGGUUCUACGGUUAUUUCGAUUUCUUCCUUAAGAUCCAUGCGGGUGCUAUAACCUUCAACCUUGGGGGACAAUAAGAAUUCUGCUUUAACACCAGCUUGGAGAGUUUGAUCCAGCCCCUCCAAGUUAAACUGAUCAGGAUCCAUUCCCUCCGAAAAAACUAUACCUAGUUUUAGAUCCUCCAUAGACGACGGGACAAAUUUGAUGAAGGAGGUAUCGUGAUGAAUUGGAAAUUCAAUUUCACGAAGUUCAAUAAAUUUUUGUCGUAAGUUAUCUUUAUUCUCCAUGACAUCUGAGCUCGAGCUUCUUUGUGUCAAAUUCUCUGCAAAUUCAACAACUUGAUCCAUUUGUUUCACCAGAGACUCGGUCGCAGCCUUCGACGAGUUAAUGCUCUCGAGUCUCGUCACGCGUGUGGUCUCGAGAGAGGCGAUAGCCUCUUUCUCGCGUUCUCGAAUUUGUGCGAUCAUAUGUUCGGCUGCUUGAUUAACUUUCGCUUUCGCGCUUGCGACGUUUCUUUCCAGGUUUAACUCUGUUUCUUCAAUUUGUCGAAGAACUUUCUUCAAAUCGGUUCUCCUUUCUCUGACGAGUGCUGCGUUAGCCGUGAUGUUUCCUUUCUCGUUUUCAGCCACGUUGUCGAUUAAAUCAACUUUGUGGUUUUGGUGAUCCGUGAGGAUGCAAAUAUGGCAGACGCUCGAUUUACACUGAAGGCAGAAAAAUGUUUUGAUCUGUUUCUUGUGGAAUUUUUUUGAGCAAAAGUGCUGUUGCUUCAACAAUGCCUCGUAAUCUUGAUCUUGAAAGUCCUUAACUGGCAUGACUUUGUGUCCACCGAAGUCGGUGCUCAUCACUUCAUGAGCGUUCAAACAGUCCAAGCACAUGAAUCGAAUACAGUCAAAGCAGUAAUGGACGUUAGACUGGCUGGUCUUCUUACAGUUACCACAAGUAAUACUUGUGCCAUGACCACUCUCUCGAACAGCGAGGAGACUUAAUAACCUGUUGUGAAAGAAACUUGCAGGUAAAUUGUGGAAGCGAUUUCCUUCUGGCAGUUUGAUUUCUGCCCGACACUCAGGACAUCGAAAUUUUCCAUUUCUUUGGCUCUUUGUGGCAUGUUUUUGUAAAUAAUCACAGCAAAAUGUGUGAAAACAGGAUAUGAUUUUCGGUGUCUUGUAGGUUUCGAGACAAAUGGAGCAAAUAACUUGUUCAGUAAGGUUUCUAAAGAACGACUCCAUUGUAAGACGCGUACGUUUUGAAACGCUCUCUCAAAGAAAUAUUGUCAGAGAUUCCAAGAAAAACAGGAAGUUUCCCAUCUCUCGGCGUGAUUGGCUGGUGGCGAAUCGCGUGACGCGAGCAAGCUAUUCUUCUACCAAUAAUCGGUGGCGUUUUGACGUCAUGACUGCUUUUAUUUUCUCAAUAGAAAAUCUGUCUCUUUUGUGCUUUGUCAGAAAUUAGAAUAUUCUUUCAUGUCAGCCACGUGGUGUAGUCAGGGGUCGGUGAUGAUUGAAUCUGUCUGGCACUUAUGUCACUCCUUAGACUAAACAAAGUCUAUUAAGAGCGGUCCAAGGCGUUUCACAUCGGAAAAAAUGUUUUGCCUCAAACUCUGCCCAUUAACCUGUCUUUUGUAGUAAGGAAAUAAAACCACAUUAGUUUCUGGAAAAACGUUAAAGAAAAAAUUUGAGAGCUCUCAAUAAUCAAAGCUCCUAAAGGCCCUUUUGUGACCCCAAAAUUCAACAAACUCGCUUCUCAUAACACACGACAUGCAACAAGAAAUCGUUUAUGUUCCUAAAUUGUGCGAUAUAUAAGGGGUUUCGAAAGCAUUUCAAUUUUGACAUGUGCUUAUUUAGAGGUUCGCCACAAUUUAUUUUAAAAAUACCCGUCAGACAGAUUUCUGAAAUUGGUCAGAAGUACUCUUUCUUGGGUGAUAUUUCACAAGUCCAGACCUGACCGUUGAAAACUCCGGUUGAUUUCUUCUAAAAAGACUUUCGAAAGAAUAGAAAUAUAAAAACAUCGUGCACUUAAUUUUCCUCGCCUUAUGUUUGCUUCAUUUGUCGCGGUGUAACAUGCCAGCCACGUGGUGUAGUCAGGGGUCGGCUGAUGAUUGAAUCAAGCAUUAAGGCAUGAUUAUCAAUUUACUUGUAUUAAAUAUUUUAUUGAUUAUUUGAAGCAUUCUUUGCACCACUGAUAUGAAUCCACUCAACCUUUUUUUAGCAACCGUUAGCAGUGACAAUUAAGAAAGUGCUCACAGAAUUCACUUCCUAAUGUCUCCUGCAACUUUGACCACUUCUGUAUCUCCGCUUUCAUAGAAGCUUUCCGCAGUAAAUAUAACAGCAGCAAGUUAUUAGCCGCAUAAUGCGAGGACUUGAUCCGUUUCCAAGCAUGCACACAGAUCCGACAUACUGCAACCACUUUCAGCUUCAUUGACUGAUUCUUCAUUUUCCUGGAUUAGAAGCAAAAUUAUCGUAUCAUAAGCAUGUGCAUCAUAAUUCUAGCAACAAGUACGAUUUACUCCAGAUGUAAUGCGAAGGGAAAGCAGGGCCAUGUUUUCUAAAAAGCUAACUAAGCGAAGAACGACAUGUGCUAAAUAAUUUUGACCACUGCGUUUUGUAAUUAUCGGUCUCAUCAAAAAGGCGAUAAUACCCGAUCUUUAGCCCCUAACCACAAUAAAAUAAAUGAGAAAAAAAUUAUAUCUGAGGGCUUUAGCGUGGUAGGAAACUCAGGUAAGAACUUGACUUAACUCCUUUUGAAGUUUUAUUUUUCUUUGUUGCUGUUUCUAUUUAGACUAUUUUCUCGGGCUGUUUGCCUUUCCAUCUCUCGCUGCUCUUCGCUAGAAUUUGGCCUUAUUACCCUCGCCCUUUCUUGUUCGGUUUCAUGUUCCGGUGCCUCUGCCUAUUUUGUUCAAGUUGUUUGUUGCUCUCUUUCGCGUUGCUCGUGACUCGUGCUCUAUUACUUCUUUUUCUCUGUGUCUUUACCACCUAUGUUCACGUUCACUCAAUCACACUUUUCAAAAACUUGAUUAAACAAUGAUUUCUUUCCCUUGAAAUAGCUUUUCUACCAACGUUGUUGCUUUGCAUAAAAGAUCGCAAAUUGAGAAAUGAUGUUUUCAACGACAACUCAAUAAGAGUGAUUUCCCGCCAAAAAUGCGGGUUGCAAAUCCUCUGGUAGCACGCGUGAUGCCCUCGUGUUGUGCCUAUGACUGCAAUGGGACACUGCAUUCGAGUAUGCGCGCUAUAACAGUUUGCUCACGUGUGUAAUAGCGCAAGCGCAUACGAUUGCAUUCCUUUAUCCUUCUCCCUUAUGGGUUUCCUUUCUACACAUGUUAUGUCAAGAUUUGUGCUCGUAUUUCAGCUGUUCCCGCAUGCCAAAAUUAACACCUUUGUAUGGACGAUCGGUUAUACGUUCACUCAAUAAACGAAAUUUUCUCGGCUCGAUUGGUUAUCAAUACAAGCUACACAUGGAUUUAUAAUUUAAAAAGCUGAUCUAUUUUGCUGGGUAUUUAAAGUUUUUAUUUACUAUAUUUAUUUAUUACACAGACACAGUUGGGUGAAUAAGCCGCAUGGCCCUUGGCCGUGCGUCAGCUAAAAGUACCAUCAACCAAAUUCAACUCGAACCCAGAAUCUCGUCGGCUUUUUGCAAGUGUUGCACCCGCGUUGUGCUGAAGAAUAGCAAUGCUUUGGUGGCGUGCCAGAAAUUCUAUUGGCCGUAAAUGAUAAAGUAGCACCUCGUACGUACGGUCACACACCAAACUAAAUUUUCUGACUUGAUGGGUUACUAUUUAUUCUUAUAAGCAUGAGGCUACGCUGCAUGCACUUCGGGCACUGCGAGCUCCGCUAUUUAGAUAUUAAAAGCGUAUUAUUGUAGUGGAAAUGCAGUAUUCAAACGCUAUCUUUACUAACUUCCAACAGGAAUUACGUGGUAAUGAGAAUAACGACGAAACAAAAUUUGUGAAGUUACGCUACGUUAUAAAGGCCCAACACGUUCGCGUCAGACCGACUUUUUUUUAUAAACACAAAUGCAUGAGGAUUGAGUUAUAUGGAUGCUCUGCUAACGGUGAGUGGGUUAUUUAUUUUGAAGUUAUUUACUUUUCAAAACACACAUAAAUUUAAGUAAAUCAAACGUCCUGGCUAAUCCGCUAGAAAUUCUGGUUUCAUGAAAAGCGGACUCUUCUUUCGUUAAUCUCGAAGAUUAAUAUGCCGCGAAAUAGAAGCAAAUUGUAUAUUUUACUUCGAAGCGAGACUAAAGCUUAGUGCCGUUUAAGUUUCUGUUCCACUUGCAUCUCGCCAAGUUGCUUUGAAAUUUCUCUGGCACCAUUUGUAUUUCUGGAUGCAGAGAAGCACUGCGAGAAUAGUGUCUGACUCAUGGUAAACGCAAUGAUUCUGACCAGCUCUUCAAAUCCGCUUUCCAUCAUGCUGGCCAGUGAGGAACUACGUCUACUGAAAGUCUGUAAAAAGGGCCUCACAUUUCGUUGAAAUGUCGUUUACAACAAGAAUUGCAUUUGCCGAGAAGUCUGACAUAUGCAGUUUUAGUUAGUCUCCAAGGACCAUGGUUUUCCAAUUCCAACUGGCAUUACCUCAUAAAUCAAGAAAGGGGUGGGAAUUAUAGGGGUUCCGAUCGGGCGUUAUGUAUGCUCUCUACUCUGUCAUUGAUUUUUCUUUUCUAUUGGUUUCAAGUCCUAUUGUAGGUCUCUUUACGAUUUUUUUCAAUUCGAUUCUUAAUCUGUCUUUUAUCAGAACUAGACGGUGACAAGUCCAUUGGGUUCGAGAAUGGAAAGGUAGCAGAUCAAUCCUUGACCGCAUCAAGCACUCUAAACAAGUAUUACCGACCUGAAUUUGGCAGAUUGAACAGUUUAAUUGAAGGAGGUUCCUGGUGCGCUAGAGAAACAAAUACAAGCGAAUAUUUGCAGGUGGACCUACAGGAGAUACAUAAGAUCAGUAAUAUCAUACUACAGGGAAAGUACACAGGCUCUGCGCAAGGAAAUGGAUGGGUUACCAAGUUUUCAGUCACUUACAGUAACGAUGGCAUUGUGUGGAGCCGACACAGCGAGGGUGGAGUACAAGUAGGCGUCUUUUCUUUGGAUGCGAACUUCCACAGCUGCUCUUUUCAAUUAUAUUUUAAUUAUGAUAAACUUUUGACGUACUUAAUUCUCAGUAAUUAAUGGGCGAAUUACUAAUUAUUUGAUGUGGGAAGGCACAGCGCAAAGGUCUCCUUUACCUAAACAGAUGAAGCCUGUGUGCAUCGGGUAGUUUUGAAAGCAAAGCAGGAUAUAUACAUGAUCAUUAUUUUACAUGUUAAACACACGAACAUUUCGCGCGUUAAGCAUUAUUUUCCAAGCCCCGUUGGGGCGAGAAGCCCCGAGAAAUACGGAGGAUGAGCAAGACUUCACAUAAUUAUUAUUUCUCGAACCAUCGAAUAAGGGAUUUAUUACUCCAUUAUUAUUUUAUUUUUAAGCAUUUUGGCUUCUAAUUUUCGAAACAAAAUCCCAACGACCUUAGCUGAACAUUGAAUCGAUUUAUUAAACCGUGCGUGGAAGACGAAAAGAGCAAGAACGAAAUUUAAGUGUCCUUUGCGAUCAGCCAAACAAAUCUGAUGCAUGCGCUUAAAAAAAUCGUUGCUUAAAAAAUCAAACCUGUAAAACGGAAAUAGAUGUUCAGUGCUGUCAUAUUGGGUUCCUCCACUCUCCUUCGUAGUUUUUCCUUGUUCUACAGGGUAAUACCAUCGGAUACCAUGCGCGUUCCUUGCUUUAGUAUGAGUAUAACCAUGGAAUGAGACAGCUAUUUACAAAAUAAUUAAGACUGACUUAACGGAGGGUCAGAUUGGUUGAAAUAGCAAACUUUAUCAAAGAGCAAAUUUUCCCCCCUUGUUUUACUAUUAUGAAGUCAGCUCAUUAUUGAAGCUUCCUCUUUCGUUGAAUAUUGAUUUUAAGCUUUUAAUAUCAGGUAUUUCUGGGAAAUGACCUGAAUAACAUGACAAGGAAUCAUGAAAUAGUGCCAUCACUGUACGCUCGUUUUGUCCGGCUGCAUGCAGUGGAAUGGCAUCAGCUGAUUUGUAUGCGAGUUGAGUUCAUCGGAUGUAAAGGUACGUACAACUUUUCGAAACCAUUGAAUUGCGGAAAAGGUCAUGUCAACACCAAGAACACGAAGAAUAGACGCACAAGUUCAAGUAAUAUUAAAUGUGGUUUGACAAUCUUACCAUCAGUUUUUUUUCAGUGCGUCACGUCACUUCAAGAGCAUAAUUUGGUUAACCCUAAGUGCUGAUCGUAUGUGUUUGGUGUUUAUGUAGUAUACAAAUGAGGAAUUUUAGCUGCCUGUCGAAGACACCUGCCAAGUGGGCGAUUGAACAUUUUGGUUGAUCAAGUAGCUAUAAUAAUUGAUAAUGUAUAUUUCUCGACGAUUUUUGUGGCGUAAGCUUUGCCUAAACUUGGCAACACAGAUAACGAAGGCAAUAAAGACUACCCGGUAGCCUUGUGAUUUGAGUGCCAGGAAUGUAGGUCAAGAGGUUCCGGCUCAAGCCGUUGUCAGGUCACUGUGUUGAGAUUUUUGAACAGGUUAGGUGACUUUCACAGUGCCUCUCUACAUCCACGUAUAUUGAAAAUUUUAAUUGGUUGUUUAUUUUCUUUCUUGUACGAAAAGAGUCACCUCUGACCUUUAAUUACCGUAGCUUGAGCGCAGAAAGAAUUAAUAAACAAAUAAACUGAUAAUUUUCAACGGAUGCCUUAUAAAAUCGUUUUGAUCGUCAUAAUUGAAGUUGAUAAAUGACUUUACGCAGUUUAAGGAAUCAUGUCAUCGUUAAUUUUAACAGCGUGUGCAAAGCCUCUUGGUAUGGAAAAUCGCCAGUUGACGCAGAUAUCUGGGUCCUCCAACCCAAGGCGUUGGCAUUAUAUCAGACUCAAUAAUGAUCUACCGUGGUAUCCCCUUACCAGCGACAAUCGAAUAUUUAUCCAAGUUGUUGUAAGUCCCUAUGGCAAAACUGUUACGGCUUUGGCCAUCCAGGGACACAGCUACUGGGUCACUUCCUUUACACUGGGAACAAGUGAGGAUGGCUCAGAGUGGCACGAUUAUUAUGUCGAUGGAAACGUUGUGGUAAGAGUUUAAAAGGGUCGGAGACUGAUCGUUAUGAUUCAUUGGCAAACGUCGUCUAAUCAUUUAGCAUUCAAUUUGAUUGCUUCUCAUGGAUAAUACAAACAUUACUUGAUUUUAAUUCAUAUCAUUUAUAUUUCAAAAACUGUUGGGACGAGAAAAGAGAAAUUAUUGACGCAAGAAAAGCUUGCGGAGUUUAAAGCACUAGUUUUACAUGUAAUAGUGUAGUUUGAUCGUCCGGGUGAGUGUAGUCCUGAGAAGGACUGUUGUCGGUAGUGGUGACUGACGUUACGACAACCCGAGCGGAAGUCAUCAUCAGAGUCAAGAGAUUAUUUGUUGUCUUUCGAAUGUUCUCGACUGACAACAACUAUUCACUUGACUAUGAUGAUGACUUCCGCCCAGGUUGUUGAAACGUCAGUCACCACUACCCGGACAAUCAAACUACACUAUAACAUGUUACCCCCGGGUUCAAACCAUUCACUGUAAUAGUUUUACAGUUUGCAGCGAUAGGUUUCUGCAGAUUAUCAACCAAUACUGAUACUUGGUCGAACUUACGGUAUUUGCUUAUGAAGUAGCUCUGAAUCUCAACUCAAUAGUUUUUGUUUAAGACGAACAGACCAAAUGGCUGUGUUAGCCGAGUUAUGAGUUUGAGUUUAACAUCAUUCUUCAAAAGUUGCCUUGGUCGAACAUGCGAUAACGACCUUUCUUUGUUAUUUGACACAUUUACUCUGGAGUUAUGAUAUGUCGACUAAGAUUAGAACGUAUGCAACAAUGAAAUGAAUGCAAACCAACACUUGUGAGAAAAUAUAGUAGGGAGCUUAAGCACAAAGGUUUCUGAGACGCGAUCAGUUUGUGGAAGUUAAAAGUUCUCAUUGCCAGAACGGUCCUCAGCUACGUUUAUUGUUGCCUGUAUACAAACUCGCUAUGUGCUCCUAACAAUUUUUGAAUUUGCGAGGCAGCCAACUAUAUAUCCUCCGAAACUAAUAUUCCUUUGAGUAUUCAAGUUAAUGGAUCCCACAGAACAAAAUUUUUUUAUAUCACAUAAUCUCUAAAUGUUUCUUCUUUCCUUUACCGUGGCAGGUUUUUCUCGGUUGCACGACUCGUUUUCAAACUUUACGCCGACCACUGCCUAAGAAAAUUACAUCACGCUAUAUCAGGCUCUACCCUCAAACUUGGGAUCAUACACCACAUAUCAGUGUGGAGUUCUAUGGAUGUAAUGGUAAAAUAAGAAUUUAUUUACAAACGCACACAAAAAACUGUUUUAUUUUUAAUUACUGCAAACAAAUAACUCUUACGCAAACCAUUUUGGUUGCCGUUUAAUAGUGAAACAAUAAUUCGCUGUGCAGAGAGUGGUUAAACGCUCUCCUUAUCGUCAAAGAAGCUCGAUAUUGCAAUAUUCACUAAUUAGCUGCAAACUUCUAGAGUGUGCCGAACCACUGGGAAUGGCCAGCGGUCUCAUACCAGACUCCGACAUUCAAGCUUCGUCAUUCAAAGUGGGCGGAGAACCCUGGCGCGCUCGUUUGGGGCCUGGUUCGGGUUGGAUUCCAUCAUCUGUGGCAUCUUCAGAAUACAUUGUGGUAGAUCUUGGAGAGUCAAAAGCCAUAACAUACAUCGAGAUGGAAGGAGAUUCUCUCAAGAACCAUUGGCUGAAAUAUUUUUUCUUGGACUACAGGAUGAGCACUCGAGACCCGUGGACAAUUUAUGAACCUCGUGGAAUAAGUGGGGUAAAUAUCUCGCCUUGAUAGUGGGAGGUUUUUUAUAUCAUGUUUCUAGGAUUUGUUAUGUUAAAGCCAGCUGAUAAACAAACAUCUUUUUGUUCGUUUGUAUUUUUUUAAUAUCCAAUAUCUGUUCAGUGUCAUUUGUCGUUUCAAGUCGUUGUUGUCGUUGUUGUUUUUUAAACUUGUUCACUUUGUAAGUUAGUAACUCUAUUCCAAACACUAUGGUGCCAUCAUGUCAUGCUAUUUGUCAUCUGUGCCACAUUCAUUUGACCACCAAAUUUCAUAAUUACAAUGCACAUUUAGAGAUGAAGAUCACCUGAUUAUCAGUCCGUUAUAAUUGGUGGUAGGGUAUCUCAAUAUUUUCUAUUUUCACAAUUUUGCGUCAAUCAUAACAUAUCAUUGAGCAACGUGCUUCCAGGUCCGCAGCACAACCUCAAAAUGAAAAAGCUAUUAAUUUCGUGUCACCGGUUUUUUAAAACCUAAUCUAUUCGUAUUGUGCAACGGCUGCUACAUGUUAUCUUAAAGGGUAAACAAAUUAAACCUAUCAAGGUCUUUGCUUCACUUGUAAAUUAGCUUGAAAGAUCGUCUUCUGCGCUGUCAGAUUUAGGAAGCACGUCCGUCAUCUUGGCUCAAUUAAUGCUUGUCUUUCAUGCAGAAAAUAUUGGGUGUAGAGAUGAAAAACAUGGUGGUGACUAUUAAAACAGAACAGAAGCUAGAAGCAAGAUUUAUAAAGAUCCGCGUUGAGAAUUGGCAUUUAGGGGCCAAUUUAAAACUUGAAUUUUAUGGCUGCGACAAAGGUAAUACUUAUCUAGUAGACUAUACAUCACAAUCGGGUAACUUAGUGUUAAUAACUGAGUUGAAAACGUAAAUUAGCCACCGUAAAGGGUAAAAAAGCUGACGUUUCGAGCGUUAGCCCUUCGUUAGAGCGAUUGGCGAAGGGCUAACGCUCGAAACGUCAGCUUUUUUAUCCUUUACGGUGGCUAAUUUACGUUUUCAACUCAGUUGUUAACACUAAAUUACCUGCCAUACUCUCCCACCGACGCAGCACCACAGUUUCUUUAGAAACUUAUCCCUUUAUACAUCACAAUCGAUAGCCACUAUGACAAAGUGCGCAACGUGCGAUAAACUGUUGAUAUUUGCUUUGAAAUUCACUCCUCACAAGAUUAUUGAAAACUGAUGUUCACUCCAAUCACUUUGCUCUUUAGACUUUUUGUUUUAGGAGAUUUCCUUUGCGAGAUGCAUGACUUUGCAACUCCAAAAGGUGGUGAUGGGCCUUAAGUAUUACAUAAAAAAUUUAUGAGUUGAUAUAUGAUCUGUGCACAGCAAUAAGAGAUGGUGGCCAACCAAUUUCAAAUACACAACUUUUUUGACGUAGCUUUUCAUCACUAUUUAGCAAAGACAAUAAUUUUCUUUCAGUAUGUUCCGACGAAAUCGGAAUCGGAACUUGGGCAAUAAAGGACCCUGCUUUCACCGCCUCUAGUUACCUGUCCUCACGCAGAUACCCAUGGAUGGCACGCCUCGAUGGUAGAGGGGCCUGGUGCCCAAGCGAAAACGAUACUCAGCCUUUCUUACAAGUUAGUCAAUUAUCUUACUGUUAGUGCAGAAUAGAUCAAAACUUUUGUUACGUCAAAUAAGUGUAUAUUUACUGUAUAUACAUGUGCUAUAUUAAAAGAAGAAGUUUUGGACGAAUAAAAGUCUGGCAAAUAUUAUAAAAGGCGUAAAGUAAAAGAACCAUAGAGGUUUAUCGGAAAACGAUUUUGAAGUUAGAUGGAACUAUCAAUAGUUUCUUCUGUAUUCUGACCUAAGCGAAUGAGCUUUGAAAGAGGAAAUUAUAUGUACGACACCUCUCUUUCUUUGAAUUGUGCAUUUGAAUGGUGGAAGUAGUGAAAUGACAAUCCACAAGAGCUUGUAAACAGUUUAUGAUCUCAUGUGAUCCAUUUGGUUUCACGAAGUGUUUUUAAUGUCACACAAGAUAUGAUCUAGAUCUAUGAUCUGUGUUUUCUAUCUUUUUUAUCUACCGUUAUUUUGCUAGCCAUAUGUGCUGUGAAUGUAAAAAUAAUGAUAACUUCUUUCCAGCCUAAACAUAAUAAACAUGGAAAAGACAAAGAUACUUAUUUUAUAAUUCAAUGUGCAUCUCACCCAUCGCAAAGUUUUUAAAAUAAUUUUUACCUGAACUUCUACUUAUAUCUAUCAGGUGGACCUUGCGAAACCAUACAAAUUACGAUUUAUUGCCACCCAAGGAUUCCACAGCUCGAACAACAGCGCUUGGGUACAGCAGUACACAUUGCACUUUCGCAAAGAACUUUUAUCUUGGAUUCCAUACUCCGAGAAUAGCACAGAAAAAGUGAGUUAUUAAGAUACCUCUUUCGCUGCAAAUCAGAAAAUAAUAACUGCUUUUAGCAAGGCUAAUAUAAUUGAUUUGUACAGUUACCUAAACUUACUGACUGCCUCCGGACACAAGCAAAGCCUGAAUAAUUGCUUCAAGCAGGUUAUCGCGACCGCAGCAAAAUAAUUGUGUCCAUGCACAUAUGCAAGUUUAACUUUGUCGGCGAAAUACUCAGGAAAGUUUUUCAAACACAUAACGUCACUUGUGAUUGUGCAGAUAGAAAAAAAAGAUGAUAACAGUUUGAUAUUGAAAUGUACUUUUCACUAUUUUAUUCCAGCUAAUUAACUAUGAGCCUCAUAUCCGCCAGGAAAAUGAGAAUUUAUUUGUUGUUAUGAUUUAGAUGUUUCCAGGCAACUCAGAUGGAACGUCGAUAGUCAAAAACAGGCUCAAUAAUGUUUCCAAUGUGCGAUACAUUCGUCUUCAUCCUAAGAAAUGGCACACAUUUGCAUGUAUAAGAGUCGAGUUAUACGGAUGCAAAGGUAAGACUAAUCCGGGUUAUGAAUGAUUUCCUAAUUGAGGUCCUUUAUAAAACCGCCAUCUGAUUCCUCUAUCGGCGGAGUAAAAGUGUUCUCCUAUGUCCAAAUGAAUCCUCACCACUAAAAAGUGAACACUGAUAAAAGCGACUUGUCUAAAAAGCAGAGGUUUCUCCCCAUAUCCAGACGGCGCCGUUAUAUUUCCUUGCAUUUUCGCAUGAAUCAAUGGGCAUAGAUUCUUACGCAAACCAAAGACGAUAGCACAAUACUUGGGACUGAAGUGACUCUAGGUCUUUCACCUUAUUGUUAAUAUUCUGUAGUGACAUUUUUGAACUCUUGAAUUAUUUCUGCCAUUUUAGAUUUCGAUGAAGAAAGCUUGAAGCCGUUAGGAAUGAGCGACUAUCGAAUUCCUAACAAUAGCAUUUUAGCUUCAGACAUUUACUUGGAUACUGAGGUGCACGGACCAUGGAUGGCUAGGUUACAUAGUACUGCGGGAUGUUGGGUAUUUCCAAGAGGUGAAAACUUUCUUCUUGUCGACCUGGGUGAAGGUUUAGUGUCCGUAAGUGGAGUCGCUACGCAGGGAUGUAAUAACAAGGUUAUCGAAAAAUACGGACACGUGCUAGAGUAUAAAUUGUCCUUCAGCGAUGAUGGUGCAGACUGGUAUUAUUAUCGAGAGGGAGGGGGCCUUAAGGUAUGAUUAUGUCUCAUUUACUCCCUAUCUUACAGAGUUUUUUUGAAAAGCAAUACACGUAGCUGCCAUCCAUAAACGAAAAGUUAAAGAUGCACUGUAGUUUAAGUUUCCCAAAUUUUGUAAUAGUUUGAACGGUUGUAAAAAGCCAAAUAGGUGAUCUUUAACUCAUCUAAAUUCUUCUCAUACAAUGUUAAGUUAUUAUCAAUACUUUUUCAUGUCAUCGAAUAAUUGACAAUUGUCUUUUGUAAAGUAAGGAAAACUACUCUGAUUCCUUCCUGCACAUUCAAAAUGUCGAAGGAAAUCGCCUCUGGCAGUCUAGAAGAUUUUUUUCUUUCUUUCUCGAAUGAUUUGAAGGCCAUAUCAUUUCUUUAAGCAGGUUUUCAGCGGUAAUACCCCUGACGAAACAGACCUCCCUGUACGUCACGUGUUUACCCGGUCAUUUUACACUCGUUACGUCAAGUUCCUCUUGACUCGCUGGGUGUUAGAUAUCACUUCUCCUGCGCUGAGGGUGGAAAUUUACGGCAUCAGAAAAGGUGAGACAAUGUUUCACCUCUAAGAAAAAAAAGGAGAAAUAGUAUUAUAAGGUUUGUACAUAGAAUUAUUUCCCGAUCAAAGACAUUAGCUCCAAAAUCGAUUUUAUCGCGAAAUUCUAACUGCUGGUCUUUCGGGAGAGAUAGGGAGGAAAUGAGGAGGUGAAUGGAAUGAACAGACCAGAAUGCCAAAAGAGCUGAGAGAAGGGGCUGACCAUAGCCUUUUCCAUGCAUAUAGUCUUAAUUUAUAGCAGCAAGUGUCAUAACGGCUCUCUUGUACUUUAUCUUAUGUUAUGUCCUGAUCUUCCAUUGCUUUCUUUUCUAAAGGAGGGGAGUUGCUCGUGGAAGCUAAUAUUUCCAUCAGCGCAUCAAGCUCCCGAUAUCCGCUGACACCGCAAGACUGCUUACUCAGUAUUAGGCGAACGUGGUGCGCUGAGUUCGAUGACGAGAUGCAAUACCUCCAGAUUGAUCUGAAGCGAAAUAGUUACAUUGAGGCGAUCAUAACCCAGGGGGCAGUUGUUGAAGAGUCCUGGGUUGAGAAUUAUACGAUUUCGUAUGGUCAUUCCUAUGAUUUGUGGAAAAAAUAUGAAGAGAAUGGCUCUAGCAAGGUAAAUGCUGUGAAGGCAAAAUCCUAUAGAUAUAAUUAUGUUUGGAGAUCGGUCGGCCACGGAAACAACUCGCUAAUCCAUUCACUCAAAAAACUGUUGUAUUUUUGACAAAUGAUUAUUUCAUUUGCAUUUACCAGGUCUUUCAGGGAAAUAACGAUAGCUCAUCCAUUGUCACUCGUAAAUUCAUGAAACAAGUCAGGGCGCGAUUUAUCAGGAUUCAUCCUGUCAGCUGGAUUGGACAUAUCUGCAUGCGAUUUGACAUACGAACCGUUGGUCAGUAUUUUUUGCAUCUACCAAAAGUGCACGGUCAUAAGAUAAUGAUUACAAUAUGGCUUCACCUUACAGUUUUUCCUCUUUUCAAAUGAUUGAAAUAGAAUUGCGUAUGCCCUAAACUAAUUAUUAGUAACGUUUCCUGACUAUUGAAUUUUUUAUAACACAGCAAGCUCGUGUAUUUUUAACUUAAUUCCUCUUUAUUCAUUCCAUCAUGUAAUUUUAUUUAAAGCCAUUUUUAUCGAUUUCUUGUUAAAAUCGAAAGAUCGAAGUGUACCUCUUGGAAUACAAAAACACAAGAUUGCCAAUUCAGCCAUAACUGCAUCCAGUCAUGCUGGAAGUGGUAACGAACCAUGGCGGGCCCGCUUGGAUGUAGGCUUCUUGAGCGAAGCGUGGCGCGCAGGAGAAGACAGCCACGAUCAGUAUUUACAGAUUGACUUGGGUACUACUCAUAACAUCACUCACGUGGCCACUCAAGGAAGUCAUCGGACAGAUAAAAGCUGCUGGGUGACUCAGUUUAAUUUGUCCCACAGCUUGGAUGGGUCUGAAUGGAACAAGUACGAGGAAAAUGACUCAGUGAAGGUAUUAUCGAGGUUUUAAAUUUGGUUUUGAUAGGUCAUCAAGUUGUCUAUUUCCUCGUGCUUUUUAAAUUAAAAUUUGCACCUGUUUGCGUCGGAAUUAUCAGGAAUAGAAUAAGAGGAAAGUGAAAGGGUGAUAGGGAAAUGAAAUAAUUAGUGGAGUUGAAUAUCAAGUCACUUGUACGCCUCGUUAUUUUAGUUCUUACCUCAUAAUAAUAUCAUUGGGGCAUAUUAUGUACACAAAAAUGGAAACUAACCAUCAUUUGCUACCUCUCAGGAUGAAAAUUCAUUGAACUUUGUUUUAGAUAUUUUGAAAUUAUAUAUCGUGUCUCAGUAUUGUAAUGUAUAGGUUUUUUGUUGUUCACUUCAGCUCUUCCAGGGGAACACCAAUGAUUAUGGCAUUGUUCAACAACAGAUGAAUAAAGAAAUUGAAGCUCGCUACAUCCGAUUUCUGCCUGUCACGUGGUUCAAUCACGUGUGCAUGAAGGUCGAGCUAUAUGGUUAUCAAGGUAUGAAUGAUAACUGAUUGUUUGAUUAAAAGACGAAUUGAUUGUCUGACUGAGUCAUUUAGUGACUGAAUACUUGAUUGAGACCCAACAGCAUGAAUUAUUUGACAUGAAGCUGCUUAUGCUCUGAUUGGCUCCCAGUGUGGGAAAGAUGGACUGGUUAUUUACGUGCAAGUGCAGGGGGAGGGGGGAGGAGAAGGGGAAAAAGGGGAAGGGGGGGGGACAGGGAGGGGGAUUGCUUUGUACCCGCUCACAUAAAAACGCCCGAAGCCAGCUUUUGGCCAUCAAAAUAUAUUACGUAUAUCCCAAGCGCCUUCGAUGAAGAUGGCUGAUUAUUUCUCUUGUUCUUUUUUUGCGUUUUUAUGGAUCAAAAAAGAGAAGAAAGAAUUAUAUGAAAGAAAACACAUGACAAGGCCAGCCUUCUUAACCUUAUUCAUAUAUUCAUUUGUUUAACCAUAGUUUGCGGCUUCCCUCUUGGUGUAAACAAUGGAGAAUUGUCGAGCGAUUCGUUCACAGCGAGUAGUUACGGUAUGAGCAACGAGCCUUGGAAUGCGAGACUGAAUCGCUUGAUUGGCAAUGGAAGCUGGUGCGCCGAGAAAAAUAUCACAGGAGAGUAUCUGCAGAUUGACCUGAAACAUAGUAAAAUGCUUACCGGAAUAUCCACUCAGGGAAAACAUGAUAAAGAUGGAAAAUGGGUCACGGAAUAUUCGUUGUAUUAUUGGGAAAAGGAAGGACUUACUCCUCAGCCUUAUACUGUUAAUGGAUCUACCAAGGUAUCAAGUCAAAUGAGCUAACUCAUAUUUUUCGUGUUCUUAGACAUUUUGCAUACUUUAUCGCAUGGUGUCGUAAAAGACUCUCGCAUGGCUUAUUUCAUGGUUUGCGUCUGACUCGUCAUGCGUCACUUGGGUGGAUGUAGUUCUUCAUUUCUCUCUUAAAAUCUGCCCUAUUCAGUAUUCUAGCACUAUUUUUGUCUCCAUGAAGUGUUUUUUUUUUCUUCACGUCUCUUAGACAUUUCUUUUAUGACAGUGAAUUCUGUUUCAAUAUUUAUUACCUUUCUUUUUUAACACUUUCCUUUCUGUCUGCGAAGACCUCACUCAAACAUCCUGGAUUAAGUAACACGUAUUUCUACCUCUGCCAAAAUUUAUCCUGAAUCCCAUCGCGAGCCAGUGACGAAUGAUGUGAAGUAUAACUUGUCCCUGACAGUGGUUGAACCCAACUUUUUUCGAAACUGAUCAUCCAGGAAGACUCUGACCCCCAUAAUACCAAGGCGUGUUGCUUUGACCUUCUUAACCGUACUAUGAUAGACUGGUAAAAUCGAAGCGACGGAGGGAGUUCAUUGUUAUGGCUUCUGCUGCAGCGAGUUGAAGCUGUGUUUCAUUUGUUAUUAUUUAUUUAUUUAUUUUAGUCGGUCUAGAGCAACCUGAAUAUCUAAUAUUUGUCUUGCAUUUAAUGGAUUAACAGGUUUUCUCUGGGAAUAUCGACCAGUUUGCUACGGUUACACACAGUCUUGAUGGCGUUAAAAAUGCACAGUUUGUCAGGCUUGAGGUGAAGUCAUGGCAUCGAGACAUAUGCAUGAGAGUGGAACUUUUCGGAUGUGAUGGCAAGUUACAAUUAUUGUUAUCAUUUCUUCACGUCCCUAUUUUUGCCUCCUCCACUAUUUUGGUGAUGCGAGUUUAAUUCAGUCUUUGUAUUCAAUAGAUUAAGGUAUAAUCUGUAAUCAAAAUGAAAUUACAAAAAUAAUUAUACUUUUCCUAUAAUGAAAUCAUAUUUAAUGCUUCAGUUUUGGAGAACAGAGGUUUACUUACUCAUUAAGAAUCCUUCAGCUGUUAACGAAAGAGUACAUUCCUUUAAUAACUUUGGGACCAGCAUUAAAAUUAAUGGGAAAUGUUACUCUGAGUUGGAAAGUACUUGCGUAUUCUUUUACUUUUAAACUGGAAGUAAAAAAUACGAAUUUUUUUAUUCGUAGCUGCGCAAUUCAUUCUCAUUUUCAAUGCUUCUCCGAUUAUAUGACGAAUGUAUCUUUGGUGGACAAGACACGCAAAAAAUACAUAGAAAGUAUAAUUUUGCCUUUUUUUCGUUUUGGUUCGAAACUAGCUAAUCUCGUGGAUGGUGGGUACAGCGAAUGGUCGGCUUGGUCGGCGUGCAGUGCUACCUGUGCAGGAGGUUUUCAGUACCGACAGCGAACCUGCGACAAUCCGGAGCCCGAGAAUGGGGGUAAAGACUGCUCAUCACUGGGAGCUGAUAAAGAGGAAGCGAUUUGUAAUACACACAUUUGCCCAGGUGGGACUAUGACUACACUUCAAGCGAAUAAAGAUAAAUUUUAUACCUGUAUGAAGGUACAUAACGAGAAAAUAUUAACUGCCUCGGACGAUACUCAAGACCGCAGUUAUCCUAAUACGAGCUGACCUACAUGUAGAGUGGCCAUCAGCUUGUUUACUAUGCUGCCAUUUAUUGGACUAUAA